AUGGCGGCCUCGGGGCUGACGAUUGUGAUCAAACUCGGGACAAGUUCGAUUGUCGACGAGAAGACACAUGAGCCCAUCCUGUCUAUCCUGACUUUGAUUGUCGAAACGGUCGCAAAGCUGCGCAAAGAUGGCCACAGAGUUGUGCUGGUCUCAUCAGGUGCGGUGGGGGUUGGCUUGCGCAGGAUGGAUGUGGACGAAAGACCGACCUAUCUACCCCGGAUACAGGCACUUGCUGCCGUCGGCCAGUGCCGACUCAUGAGUCUAUGGGACAACCUAUUCUCGCAUCUCAAUGUCCCUGUUGCUCAGAUUCUCUUGACGAGGAAUGACAUUGCAGACAAAACCCAAUAUUUCAACGCGCAAAAUACUUUCGAGCAACUAUUUGACAUGGGGGUGAUCCCGAUUGUCAACGAAAACGAUACCCUCGCUGUUUCUGAAAUCAAAUUUGGCGAUAACGAUACCCUCUCAGCGAUAGCUGCGGCCACCGUCAAGGCCGAUUACUUGUUCCUAAUGACCGACGUCGACUGCCUCUACACUGCGAAUCCACGCACGAACCCUGAUGCCGAACCUAUCGAAGUUGUAUCGGACAUCUCAUCACUGGAGGCCGAUGUAUCAUCGGCUGGUUCUUCCCUAGGAACCGGCGGUAUGAGCACCAAGAUCGUGGCUGCGAAACUGGGUACUAGUGCUGGUGUGACCACGGUCAUUACCAAGAGCUCCAAGCCUGGAAAUGUUCACGAGAUUGUGAAAUACCUCCAAGCCCUCCAAGCGAACUCUGCCCAGUCGGAAAGCGGGGACGAACGUCGGGAAAUACCUGCAGCACCUUUGCACACUCGCUUCCUGCCUUCCGAAACCCCGAUUCAAUCUCGGACUUUCUGGCUCCUUCACGGACUCCAACCACAUGGUACCAUUUACAUCGACCCUGGGGCAUACGCGGCCUUGAAGAACAAGGCCAGUCUUCUUCCAGCCGGUGUUCUUGCAGUCGAAGGGCACUUCGGCCACCAGGAAGCCGUGCGAUUAGUCGUUGUGGAACGACCUGAUCCCGAUGCUCUGAACGGGGACUUCGUUCACCAUAGCCAGGAGCCCAAGGAAGUUGGACGCGCUCUUGUGAACUACGGCAGCCUUGAAAUCGAUCAUAUCAAGGGCCACCGCAGCACGCAAAUUGAGGAGUUGCUGGGCUACGUCGAGGGCGACUAUGUCGCCUUGCACGAGAAUAUUUCGUUCCACCCCGAAGACCGCCACAGCCACCCAGUGACACCGGCUCUGACACCGGCACUUGAAGAAUGGAAAUCACCUAAGUCUCCUUAG